AUGGUAAUUGGGAGUCUGCAGUACUUGUCCUUUACAAGACCCGACAUUGCUUUUGCUGUGAAUAAACUCUCACAGUUUAUGCAUCGCCCCACUGAUGUUCAUUGGCAAGCCGCGAAGCGUGUGCUUCGUUAUCUGGCUGGAACACCAUCCCAUGGGAUCUACCUCCGAGCUGACUCUCCGAUCACUCUCCAUGCUUUUGCUGAUGCAGACUGGGCAGGAGAUACGACUGACUACGUCUCCACCAACGCCUACAUUCUUUAUCUUGGCUACACACCAAUUGCCUGGUCUUCAAAGAAACAAAAAGGGGUCGCACGAUCUUCAACCGAAGCAGAGUACUGUGCCGUUGCCAACACGGCCUCUGAAAUCCGAUGGAUAUGCUCCCUCUUAACAGAUCUUGGUGUCACUCUUCCCGCAGCACCGGUGAUAUAUUGUGAUAACGUCGGAGCCACCUACCUUUGCGCUAAUCCUAUCUUUCACUCGCGGAUGAAACACUUGGCCCUCGAUUAUCACUUCAUCCGCGAAAAUGUACAAUCAGGUGCUCUUCGUGUCACUCAUCUCUCCACUCACGAUCAGUUGGCCGAUGCUCUAACGAAACCAUUACCAAGGACGAGGUUUCUCAUGCUGUUUAACAAGAUUGGAGUUCGAUAUCUCCCUCCAUCUUGA